ACAAUAAAAUCACCCGCGUUUACAACACUUCGUUUACUAAGGCGACGAAUCUAGUCGCCUACACUUGACGCGGUACUAUCAAAAGCAUUCUUUUUGGUAAUUAAAGGUUGCAUUAAUAGUGUGGUAGUGUUUGUGCUUUAAAACCUAUAUUCUUCGGAAAAAUGACACAAAUCGCUGAAAUCUCAAAUUUGACUCCGAUCCAGGAAUUUUACUCUGGAACAAACAUUUUCAUAACAGGCGGCACGGGUUUUUUGGGCACUAUUCUCAUCGAAAAAUUGCUGCGUUCUUGCAGUGACCUAUCGACGAUUUACGUCCUUGCACGUAACAAAAAAGGGAAGAAUCUCCAAAGUCGCAUCGACGAAUUAUUCGACGAUUCAAUUUUCGACCGACUAAAAAAAGAAUUUCCGAAGUUCAGACACAAGAUUGUGGGAAUUGGAGGUGAUUGUAGUCUCCCGGAUUUGGGGAUAAGUCAACAGGACCGACAAGUACUCAUCAAUGAGGUUUCCAUCAUAUUCCAUGUGGCAGCGACGGUCCGCUUUGAUGAAAAAUUGAAAAUGGCUGUAGCCAUAAACGUCCGAGCUCCUCAAGAAAUCCUCAAAUUGGCACGUGAAAUGCCACACUUGAAGUCAUUGGUGCAUGUGUCGACUGCUUAUUCCAAUGUUCCAAAUACUAUUAUAGAAGAACGAUUAUAUUCGGUGCCAGUAGAUAGCAAGAAAUUGAUUCUUUUGGCUGAAACUUUGGGAGAUAACGUUUUGGAUAACAUCACUCCAUUAGUUUUGGAUAAGUGGCCAAAUACAUACACUUACACUAAAGCAGUUGCGGAAGACAUAGUUAGACAAGAUGGACAAGAUUUGCCCAUUGGGAUUUACAGACCAUCAAUUGUUGUAUCAACAUAUCAAGAACCGACUGAAGCUUGGAUUAACAACCUUUAUGGUCCAACUGGUGUUUGUGCUGGCGCUGGAAGUGGAAUUCUUCGUACACUGCAUGCAAAUAGUGAAGUUAAUGCUAAUAUCGUCCCAGUUGACAUGUGUGUCAAUUCUUUGAUAGCCACCGGUUGGGAUGUGGGGGUAAAAUAUGAAAAGGCCAAAAAAAGUUGUAUGAAAUAUGAUAUUCCGGUUUAUCAUUUUGAAUCAAGUAAUGAUCAACCCUUGAAUUGGGGACAAUUUAUGUGGUUGUCUUACAGCCAUGGAAUGAAAACACCUAGUGUUAAAGCCAUAUGGUAUUAUUCUUUCGAUUUGUAUAAGAAUUACUACGCUUAUCUUAUAGCGACGAUAUUACUUCAUUACUUGCCAGCGCUUUUUGUCGAUGGAGCAUUGUUGUGUAUGGGAAAAUCACCAAAAAUGCUCCGAAUCUACAAAAAAAUUCACAAAUUUACACGGGUCAUCUCGUAUUUUUCAACCCGGACUUGGAUAUUCCAAUCCUCGAACGUGAAUAAAAUGAUUGAGCGGAUGUCUGAAGCGGACCAGAAAAUUUUCUUCUGUAACUUGAAAAAACUUGACUGGAAUAAAUUCUUCGCUUCGUAUCUUCGAGGCAUACGAAUUUAUCUCCUGCAAGACCCAAUAGACACCUUGGACAACGCCAUCACCAGAUGGAACAGACUUUAUUGGUUGCACCAAGGAGUUAAAGCACUCAUCGCUUUUCUUCUCAUCAGAUUUUUUUGGUGGAUAUUAUCGAAUGUAUUGAUUCACUAGUAGUCUUUAGACAUGAAGUGAAAAAGUAUUUUCAUUAUUUUAGAGUGAUAUUAUUUUAUAAUUUUAACAAUUUGCAUAAUUUAUAAUAAAGCUAAUACGUAAUA